CUCCCGGAGGACCAAACCGCCUUUCUUGCGCCGGUUGAGCCCGAAGAGGGCGAGAAGUGGCUGCGUCGUGGAAAGGUUGUUACUCAGUAGGUGCUCAAGGAGCGGCCGGUGUCAGCACAGGGGACCCAAAGCACGCUCCCUCCCCGCCUCCCGCGUGGUACCGCUCCGGUGGCCCACAUGGUCUUGAAGGGUGUUUCUGCUUCCAACGACACCCAUCCCCACAACAAAGAAACUCGCCAUUCCCGGCCGCCUCCCCUCAGUGCACCCCGGAGGAACAGCGGGCCCGGAGCGCCGUGCGCCUCGCAGUUGCCCCCUGAAGUCGCAGCUCGGGAGCUGUCCCUGCCUCUUCCCUCAGAACUCCGUCGAAGCCUUCGCGGCCACUAGCGCGGAGCAAAGGUGCGCGCACGCUCGGUGUCGGCGUGGUGUCCCUCCGCCGUCAGUCGUGGACUCCUUUUCGUGUCCUUCCACCGAGCCCGGGCGGUGUCCGGGUGGCUCACCGGGGGCGGCGACGCGUUUGCGGCGCGGCAGCGAGGCUCCGGGGCUAUGAGGUGAGGACGCCCGGGGACCGGAGGCGGCACCCGGCGCUGCGCGAGAACGCAGGACGCGAAGCCCCGAAGCCGGCGGAUGCCUCUCAGAUCCCGCGACUGCGCGCGAGGUGGAGGAGAGAACAUUGAAAUUAUUCUCUAAGCUAUCUGAAGAGAGUGACUAAAUGCUCCUGGGUCAGGCUGUCUGUGGGUAUGAAGUGGUUGGGAGACUCCAAGAACAUGGUGGUGAAUGGCAGGAGAAAUGGAGGCAAGUUGUCUAAUGACCAUCAGCAGAAUCAAUCAAAAUUACAGCACUCGGGCAAGGACACCCUGAAGACCGGCAGAAACGCCGUUGAGAGGCGGUCCAGCAGAUGUCAUGGUAACUCGGGAUUUGAAGGACAGAGUCGCUAUGUGCCAUCCUCUGGAAUGUCCGCCAAGGAGCUCUGUGAGAACGAUGACUUAGCGACCAGUUUGGUUCUUGAUCCCUAUUUAGGUUUUCAGACACACAAAAUGAAUACUAGCGCCUUUCCUUCGAGGAGCUCAAGACAUAUUUCAAAAGCUGACAGUUUUUCUCACAACAAUCCUGUGAGAUUUCGGCCUAUAAAAGGAAGGCAAGAAGAGCUAAAGGAAGUAAUUGAACGCUUUAAGAAAGAUGAACACUUAGAGAAAGCUUUCAAAUGUUUGACUUCGGGGGAAUGGGCACGGCAUUAUUUUCUCAACAAAAACAAAAUGCAGGAGAAAUUAUUCAAGGAACAUGUCUUUAUUUACUUGCGGAUGUUUGCAACUGACAGUGGAUUUGAAAUACUGCCUUGUAAUAGAUACUCUUCAGAACAAAAUGGAGCCAAGAUAGUUGCAACAAAAGAGUGGAAACGAAAUGACAAAAUAGAAUUACUGGUGGGUUGUAUUGCCGAACUUUCAGAAAUUGAGGAGAACAUGCUACUUAGACACGGAGAAAACGACUUCAGUGUCAUGUAUUCCACAAGGAAAAAUUGUGCUCAACUCUGGCUCGGUCCUGCUGCAUUUAUAAAUCAUGAUUGCAGACCUAACUGUAAGUUUGUGUCAACUGGUCGAGAUACAGCAUGUGUUAAGGCUCUGAGAGAUAUUGAACCUGGAGAAGAAAUUUCUUGUUACUAUGGAGAUGGCUUUUUUGGAGAAAAUAAUGAGUUCUGCGAAUGUUAUACUUGUGAAAGACGGGGAACUGGUGCUUUUAAAUCACGAGUAGGACUGCCUGCGCCUGCUCCUGUUAUCAAUAGCAAAUACGGACUUAGAGAAACAGAUAAACGCUUAAAUAGGCUUAAAAAGUUAGGUGACAGCGGCAAAAACUCAGACAGUCAGUCUGUCAGCUCUAACACAGAUGCAGACACCACUCAGGAAAAAGACAAUGCAACUUCUAACCGAAAAUCUUCAGUUGGUGUGAAAAAGAGCAGCAAGAGCCGAGCCCUGACUAGGCCGUCCAUGCCGAGAGUCCCGGCUGCUUCCAACUCUACCUCACCCAAGCUAGUGCACACCAACAAUCCCAGGGUACCAAAGAAACUGAGAAAGCCGGCAAAGCCUUUACUCUCCAAGAUCAGACUGCGGAAUCACUGCAAGCGGCUGGACCAGAAGAGCACAUCCCGCAAGCUUGAGAUGGGGAGCUUAGUGCUUAAGGAGCCCAAAGUCGUGCUAUAUAAAAAUUUGCCAAUUAAGAAAGAAAGGGAGCCAGAGGGACCAGCCCAUGCUGCAGUGGGGAGUGGGUGCUUGACUAGACAUGCUGCGAGAGAACACAGGCAGAAUCAUGGGAGAGGUGCUCACUCGCAGGGCGACAGUUUGCCCUGCACCUACACAACCCGGCGCUCUUUGAGGACAAGGACAGGUCUGAAGGAGACCACUGACAUCAAGCUUGAACCAAGUCCCUUGGAUGGCUAUAAAAAUGGUAUACUGGAACCUUGCCCAGACAGUGGCCAGCAACCAACCCCAGAGAUGCUGGAAGAACUGGCUCCUGAGACUGCUCACAGGGAGGAAGCAUCCCAGGAGUGUCCCAAGAAUGACUCCUGCCUGUCACGAAAGAAAUUUCGACAAGUGAAACCUGUGAAACACUUAGCAAAGACAGAGGACUGCAGUCCAGAGCACAGCUUCCCUGGGAAAGACGGGCUGCCAGAUUUGCCAGGGUCUCAUCCUGAUCAAGGUGAGCCCAGUGGCACAGUCAGGGUGCCCGUGAGCUACACAGACUCUGCUCCCUCACCUGUUGGCUGCUCUGUUGUCACACCCGACAGCUUCACAAAAGACAGCUUCAGAACUGCACAAAGUAAAAAGAAGCGGCGGGUCACCAGGUACGAUGCACAGCUGAUCCUGGAGAACAGCUCUGGAAUCCCCAAGCUGACACUUCGCAGGCGGCACGACAGCAGCAGCAAGACAAACGACCAUGAGAGUGACGGCGUGAACUCCUCAAAGAUCAGCAUCAAACUCAGCAAGGACCACGACAGUGACAGCAACCUCUAUGUCGCCAAGCUCAGUAACGGGGUUAGCACGGGGCCGGGCAGCAGCUCGACCAAGCUCAAGAUCCAGCUCAAGAGGGAUGAGGAGAACAGGGGACCAUGUGCAGAGGGUCUGCACGAGAACGGGGUGUGCUGCAGCGACCCCCUCUCCCUGCUCGAGUCCCAGAUGGAGGUGGACGACUACAGUCAAUAUGAGGAGGACAGCACAGAUGACUCCUCAUCUUCUGAGGGGGAGGAGGAGGAGGAGGACUGCGAGGAGGACUUCGAUGAUGACUUCAUUCCUCUUCCUCCCGCAAAGCGGCUGAGGCUAAUUGUUGGUAAAGACUCCAUAGAUAUUGACAUUUCUUCAAGGAGAAGAGAAGAUCAGUCUCUAAGGUUGAACGCAUGAGCACUCACUCAUUGUUCUGGGGAACUAAAAAGUAAAAAUCCCAGCCACAGCUUCUUGGCACAGCACUUCUGUGGUCUCUUCACCUGUAGGCAUAAUACUGUAGAAAGUGUACAGCAUCCUGACUCUUAAGUCUGAUUUGUGCAAAUUUUUAUUGUACUUUUUAAAUAGCCUUCUUAUGUGCAAUUCCGAGGGAAAGCCCUGUUGUAAAAUAUCCAGUGACAGCAGCUCUCCACAUAGGACCUUCAGACACUCAUGUGGUUAGACCAUGUUGUCACCUAUAAGAGCAAACGCCAGCCCUUCUCUCCUCCAUAGAUGACUAAACCGUAGUUAGGGCGGAGCAGAGCAGAGCAGCCUUGUGGGAAGGGUUUCCAGCAUCUGCGCCUAUCACCAGCAUUGACCUCUGGCUUUUGGUUUAUUUGCUAGAUGUUUCCCCCUUGGAGUUGUGUAGGUUUCACCCUGUUUACUGGCCCAGGUGUCCUGUCUGUGGCCUUCGUUAUCAUAGCAGACCAUUGGCUGGAAGUCAGAUUGAUUUCUUUGAA